GCUGAGACCCACAGCCCAGGCACCAGGGGAAGGUCUCUGGGAUUUUGCUCAGACCUCCCCUUGCCCUCUGUGUAGACAGACGCCUAGCUUCCAUCCUUGUCUACCCCCAUGGGGAAAGACUGAAGACACCCUGGAGAACCCGACCUCAGCUCUGCCAGGAGAGAGGUGGGCCAUGAGCUCUGCCCCACCAUCCAGCCUCCUCACCUACUUGUUCCUCCAGGUUGAUUGACUUAUGUGCUGUUUGGGACGCUGGAGUUUUCCUUGUCGCUGCAGACUGGAAGAAAGCCUCACCUGGUGUUGCGAGACGGAGGCUAAAUGAGACAGAGACGCUGAACUCUGCGGGGAAGGCCAAGUUGGAGUGGCUGGCGGCAGCCAGACGCCGAGGGCCAGGGAGCAGGGAGCCGGGCCCAGCGCUGAUGAUGGCGGGACAGAAGCCUCCGCCAUGGGUCCAUGCUGCCUUCCUGCUCUGCCUCCUCAGCCUGGGCAGGGCCAUCGAGAUCCCAAUGGACCCAAGCAUUCAGAAUGAGCUGUCCCAACCCCCCACCAUCACCAAGCAGUCAGUGAAGGACCACAUCGUGGAUCCUCGAGAUAACAUCUUGAUCGAGUGUGAAGCAAAGGGCAACCCUGCCCCCAGCUUCCACUGGACUCGCAACAGCAGGUUCUUCAACAUUGCCAAGGACCCCCGGGUGUCGAUGAAGAGGCGGUCGGGGACCCUGGUGAUCGACUUCCGCAGCGGUGGGCGGCCUGAGGAGUACGAGGGCGAGUACCAGUGCUUCGCUCGAAACAAGUUUGGCACAGCCCUGUCCAACCGUAUCCGCCUGCAGGUGUCCAAGUCUCCCCUGUGGCCCAAAGAAAACCUGGACCCUGUUGUGGUUCAAGAAGGGGCCCCUCUGACGCUCCAAUGCAACCCUCCACCCGGACUCCCAUCCCCAGUCAUCUUCUGGAUGAGCAGCUCCAUGGAGCCUAUCACCCAGGACAAGCGUGUCUCACAGGGCCACAACGGAGACCUGUAUUUCUCCAACGUAAUGCAGCAGGACAUGCAGACCGACUACAGCUGCAAUGCCCGCUUCCACUUCACCCACACCAUCCAGCAGAAGAACCCCUUCACCCUCAAGGUCCUUACCAACCACCCCUAUAAUGACUCGUCCUUAAGAAACCACCCUGACAUGUACAGUGCACGAGGUGUUGCAGAAAGAACACCCAGCUUCAUGUACCCCCAGGGCACCUCGAGCAGUCAGAUGGUGCUGCGCGGCAUGGACCUUCUGCUGGAGUGCAUCGCCUCUGGGUUCCCGACACCAGACAUUGCCUGGUACAAGAAAGGUGGGGACCUCCCAUCCGACAAGGCCAAGUUUGAGAACUUCAACAAGGCCCUGCGCAUCAUCAGCGUCUCGGAGGAGGACUCCGGGGAGUAUUUCUGCCUGGCCUCCAACAAGAUGGGCAGCAUCCGGCACACGAUCUCGGUGAGAGUGAAGGCUGCCCCCUACUGGCUGGACGAACCCAAGAACCUCAUCCUGGCUCCAGGCGAGGACGGGAGACUGGUCUGUCGGGCCAGUGGGAACCCCAAGCCCACCGUCCAGUGGAUGGUGAAUGGGGAGCCUUUGCAAUCGGCACCACCCAACCCCAACCGAGAGGUGGCCGGAGACACCAUCAUCUUCCGAGACACCCAGAUCAGUAGCCGGGCUGUGUACCAAUGCAACACCUCCAAUGAGCACGGCUACCUGCUGGCCAAUGCUUUCGUCAGUGUGCUGGACGUGCCACCCCGGAUGCUAUCACCCCGAAACCAGCUUAUCCGGGUGAUCCUUUACAACCGGACACGAUUAGACUGCCCUUUCUUUGGGUCCCCCAUCCCCACGCUCCGAUGGUUUAAGAAUGGGCAAGGAAGCAACCUGGAUGGUGGCAACUACCACGUGUACGAGAAUGGUAGCCUGGAAAUCAAGAUGAUCCGCAAGGAGGACCAGGGCAUCUAUACCUGUGUCGCCACCAACAUCCUGGGCAAAGCCGAGAACCAGGUCCGCCUGGAGGUCAAAGACCCCACCAGGAUCUUCCGGAUGCCUGAGGAUCAGGUGGUGAAGCGGGGCACCACAGUGCAGCUGGAGUGCCGGGUGAAGUACGACCCAUCGCUGAAGCUGGCCAUCUCCUGGCUGAAGGAUGAUGAGCCCCUCUACGUUGGGAACAGGAUGAAGAAGGAGGAGGAUUCCCUGACCAUCUUUGGUGUGGCCGAGCGGGACCAGGGCAGCUACACGUGUGUGGCCAGCACUGAUCUGGACCAGGACUUGGCCAAGGCCUACCUCACAGUGCUAGCUGAUCAGGCCACUCCAACUAACCGUUUGGCUGCCCUGCCCAAAGGACGGCCUGAACGGCCACGGGACUUGGAGCUCACCGACCUGGCUGAGCGGAGUGUGCGGCUGACCUGGGUCCCCGGGGACGACAACAACAGCCCCAUCACAGACUACGUCGUGCAGUUUGAGGAGGACCAGUUCCAGCCAGGGGUCUGGCACAACCACUCUAAGUUCCCAGGCAGUGUCAACUCAGCCAUCCUGCAGCUGUCCCCAUAUGUCAACUACCAGUUCCGGGUCAUUGCCGUGAAUGAGGUUGGGAGCAGCCACCCCAGCCUCCCCUCUGAGCGCUACCGGACUAGCGGGGCAGCCCCAGAGUCCAACCCCACCGAUGUGAAGGGAGAGGGAACCAGGAAGAACAACAUGGAGAUCACAUGGACGCCCAUGAAUGCCACCUCCGCCUUCGGCCCCAACUUGCGCUACAUUGUCAAGUGGCGGCGGAGAGAAACCCGAGAGACCUGGAACAACGUGACGGUGUGGGGCUCCCGCUAUGUGGUGGGGCAGACCCCUGUCUACGUGCCCUACGAGAUUCGUGUCCAGGCUGAAAACGACUUUGGGAAAGGCCCAGAACCAGACACAGUCAUCGGUUACUCUGGAGAAGAUUAUCCCCGGGCUGCACCCACCGACGUUAAAAUCCGAGUUCUCAACAGCACAGCCAUCGGCCUCCAGUGGAACCGCGUCUACUCCGACACGGUCCAGGGCCAACUCAGAGAGUACCGAGCCUACUAUUGGAGGGAAAGCAGCUUGCUGAAGAACCUCUGGGUGUCUCAGAAGAGACAGCAGGCCAGUUUCCCUGGUGACCGGCCCCGGGGCACCGUGUCCCGCCUCUUCCCCUACAGCAACUACAAGCUGGAGAUGGUGGUGGUCAAUGGCAGAGGCGAUGGGCCUCGCAGUGAAACCAAGGAGUUCACCACCCCGGAAGGAGUACCCAGUGCCCCCAGGCGCUUCCGAGUCCGGCAACCCAACCUGGAGAUGAUCAACCUGGAGUGGGACCACCCGGAGCACCCCAACGGCAUCGUGACUGGAUACACGCUCAGAUAUGUGCCCUUUAAUGGAACCAAAGUAGGAAAGCAGAUGGUGGAAAACUUCUCUCCCAAUCAGACCAAGUUCACAGUGCAGAGAGCAGACCCUGUGUCACGUUACCGCUUCACGCUUAGCGCCAGGACACAGGUGGGCUCUGGGGAGGCCGCCACAGAGGAGUCGCCAGCACCUCCAAAUGAAGCUCCUCCUGAGUGGCCCCCGACUACCGAGGGUGAGCCAGGUGCCUUGAGCAGCACUGAGGCCCCUGCCCUAGAGGCCACCACCGAAGCCACCUCAAUCCCCAUCGUCCCAACCGUGGCACCUACCACCAUGGCCACCACCAUCGCCACAACUACUACAACCACUGCCACCACCACAACGGAGAGCCCUCCCACCAUCACCACCUCCAGGACUAAGAUACAUGAACCGGCCCCCGAUGAGCAGUCCAUAUGGAACGUGACGGUGCUCCCCAACAGUAAAUGGGCCAACAUCACCUGGAAGCACAAUUUCGGGCCCGGAACUGACUUUGUGGUUGAGUACAUCGACAGCAACCAUACGAAAAAAACUGUCCCUGUUAAGGCCCAGGCCCAACCCAUACAGCUAACAGACCUCUAUCCCGGGAUGACAUACACCCUGCGAGUUUAUUCCCGGGACAACGAGGGCAUCAGCAGUUCCGUCAUCACCUUUAUGACGAGUACAGCCUACACCAAUAACCAGGCGGACAUCGCUACCCAGGGCUGGUUCAUCGGGCUCAUGUGUGCCAUCGCCCUCUUGGUGCUGAUCCUGCUCAUCGUCUGCUUCAUCAAGAGGAGUCGUGGUGGCAAGUAUCCAGUGCGAGAAAAGAAGGAUGUUCCCCUUGGCCCUGAAGACCCUAAAGAAGAAGAUGGCUCCUUUGACUACAGUGAUGAAGACAAUAAGCCCCUGCAAGGCAGCCAGACGUCCUUGGAUGGUACCAUUAAACAGCAGGAGAGUGAUGACAGCCUGGUGGACUACGGCGAGGGUGGCGAGGGCCAGUUCAAUGAGGACGGCUCUUUCAUCGGCCAGUACACAGUCAAAAAGGACAAGGAGGAGACGGAGGGCAACGAGAGCUCAGAGGCCACCUCACCCGUCAAUGCCAUCUACUCCUUGGCCUGACGGAGCCCCCAGGAGCGGUCACUAGUUUGCGAGUGGGAGCUGGGGGGGAGGGGGAGACCUACCACAGAGCCUCCACCAUGGACAGGUGACACCACAGGGUCUAACCACCGAGCCAACCACAGUCCCCUUCCAGUGACCCCUCCCAAGUCCUGGGGUACACCCUGUGUGGGAGAACCAGAGCCAUGGCUUUGCUAGCUGCAGGGAGCCUGGGUGCUGUGCUGAGCCCCACAGCCACCCUGAGCCUCCCACCCACACUGCCCGCAUUGGACCUCCCAUCCACUUUAUUUCUGCUUUGUGCAUUUCCCCUUCCAGACCCAACAACAUCCCCAUUUUCUUUUCAUUUUGAAGAUGUGCCCCUGAGGUUUGGGGAGAGAGAAGAAAGAAAAGAAAGAAGGAAGGGAGGGAGAAUAGGUGUAUCCUUCCCCCCUUCCCCCCAGGAAACUGCAAAGCUAGGCAAAAAACAGGAAAAGAAAAAAAGAGAAUCAGGACAGAAAAGCUGUAGUAUUCAGAACCACCACUGGGCCAAUGCAUUCCCAAAGGAUGCCUUUUCCGCCAUAUGCCUCCCCAGCCCCACCCGCCUCAGCCUUGUCAGUUGCUGAGCUGGGCUUGGCUUCCUUUUAGAAAAUGACAGUAUUUGAGGCUCGGUCGACCUCCUUGCCUCACUCUUGUUCAGUGGGAGGUAGGCUAAUUUCUCAGCCCUUACUCCUCCCUGCCCCUUACUCCAGAGGGUCCAAGACUCCUCAGAAGGAGUUAGGGGAACAGAAUUGGGCCCUGAUGGGAAGGACUUCAAAGCUUCCCUCCCUUCAGUGACCGUGUACCUCAAGCAGCAGCAAAUCAGGCAUCUGGUCCCUAGGGGGCUGUACUCACCUCCAGAGAAGACAAAAGCUGGGUCUGUAUUUCCUUUUGGUGAGCCCCAGGAUAUAGGAGAGGGCCACACCCUCUGUGUCCAGAAUGGAGGAGCCCCUACCAGAUCCAGGAGUCUAUGCUGCUACCCACAAGGAGACUGGAACCCUGUGAUGCAAAAGCUGGGGGCGUUGAAGCACCCUCCCAUCUUGAGCCUGUAGCAGUUGCAAAUGACGUUGAAACUGAACUGGUGUCUGAUGUGGUGUGUGGAUAGGGUUCUCACCUUCCAUGGAGCUGGUAUGUCUCCCCCCUUGCAUUCUUAUGUAUCAGGACCCCUGGAAGCCCAGUCCAGGAGGACGCAUUGCUGUUCGUAUGCCUUAUGCAGCUUUCAUCUGUCCCCACUGGCCCAGGUCUACAGCCCCUCCCUGCAAGCCUUGAAGCCUCCAGCAGCAUCUGUCUCAAGAAGGAGCAGUUUAUGCAAGCGGAACCAGAGGCAGCCACUUAACCCCCAUGCUCUGACCUGUUGCCCCGUGGAGACCCCCGCAAGCCUGUAGCUCUGAGAGACCGAGGGUGCUACCUUCACCCUCCCCACCUACUCCAUUUUUUAAACCAAAGGUACCUAGCUUCAGAGAGAGAGAGAGAGAGAGAGAGAGCCUUAGCUGAUGCUGCAGCUAGAGUUGGUUUGGGAAGGCUAAAGCCGUCCCCGGGAGUGGACCAGUGAGUCCAGGCUCUGAACUGAGCCCCCAGCUGCUUGCAGGGCUGUGAGACUUUAUUAAAGCAUCGUAUGCCACAUAUUUAAGCCACCAAGGUAUUAGCAAUGAUUGCAUCACCUACUAAUCAGUCCACUGAAGGGCAAGUCCAUAGCUGCACAUGCUCUGUCUGCAGGUAGGAAACCAUAGUCCAGAGCUGAGCCACUUACUAUUGUUUGAGCUAGAGGCUGGUCAGUGGCAAUCCUUUGGCCUAAGCUUUCAAGCAGAGGGCCAGCUCCCUCAUGGUGAACGGGGACAGGGUAAACACCAGGGGAAGUGCCCCCAUGCCUGCUUGAGGCCAGCUGGAUACCUGGGGCCCACAUCCCUGAAUGGACUAUUGGGCCAGGGUGCCUGCCAGCUGGCUUUAGAAGAACUGGCCUUUCCAGAAAGCACUGUGAGUCAGAGCAGAGGAAUUGAGUCUCAGGCCCCUGCUCCACACCGUUCCAUGCGUGCUAGUGAAGUCCUUGCACCAGAAGCAGACCUUUAAGGCAGGAAGGACUUUGAGAGACUGUGGGUCCAUCCCCCUAUUUCUAGAAGGCCUGUCACACAGCUGCUAACUGGGAAUGGACGGCCGCCAUUAUUAGGGCCAUGGGAAAGAGGGUCUCAGCCUUUGUCCUCAUUCCAGUGUCCUGCCAGCUCUGGGCCAUCCUCCGAGGUGGUCUGGCUGGGCAUGUUAGGAGCUGUCCACACCCCAUGCCAUCACAGCCCUCCCAGCAGGCUUGGGCAAGCCUGGGCCUGAAGAACCAAGCACUCUCCAAGAAAGAGCAGGUACUUAGGUGUGAAGGGCAGAGGACGGCUCAUGUUCCACGGAGCCCAAGCCAGCAUGCUCCCACUCGACAGGAAAGCAGUAUUGCACAGUGCUUCUUGCCCGCUGUGCUCUCAGUCACCCAAACACAGUGACAGCAGGAGACAGACGCUACCUUUGGUGCUUUUCUGCCUGGCUAACUUGGGGAGGAAGUGAAGAUCGUCUCAUGGUGACUGGACGUUCUUAAAGGCCCAUAGGCCUGACAUGCUUGGCCCUGAGAGCCGUGGCUCCCUCUGCUAUGACUUGCCUGCGUGUCACUAGGCAAAUUUUCUGCAUCCUGGAUGCCAGGGUGAAUGAACCCAUGAUGACCUGCCCCAGCGCUGAGUCCUCAGCCACAUGGCUGUUGGGUGAGAGCACUUGGAGAGGACUUGGUCCUGAGGCUGGCACGACUGGGUGACCCAGGCUUGCCCGGGUGAAAGGCAGAGUGAAUGAAACCAGUCCUGCUUCCUGAGCCUUCUUGCUCUGCCCCUUGGUGCCAGCUGCCCCACUUGUCUGUAUUUUGGUGCCUCUGUCUCCCCUGUUCAGUUCCUCCUUGGAAUUCCUCUCCCCGCAAAGUAGCCUGGGCCCACCUGAAGGAACAGGGAGACUAGUGUCUGGGGGUGAGGGCCCAGAAGUGCCCCCACUCUGCCUGGGUAAUGGUGAAUGGAAGCAUCUUUCUCCACCUCAUGGUUCAUUUAAGCUAAAGGGAAAACCACAGAAGCUCCUUCCCUCGUCCGUGUUCUUUGUCCUAUGAAGUUGGAGGCAUUUCAUCCAUCCCUUUCCUGGCAAAGCUCACGGGCUGGACCAGGUGCCCAAGAGCCAGCCAGUGCCAACAUAGCCUUCCCUGUGGGGCCUCUGCCACCUGGGCCCAGACCGCAUUGCCCCAGAUCCCCUAAACACAGAUAGCCUUGGAAAAGAAAGGCAUGAAAAGAAGACCUGAGGAGAUGGGUGGGCUCUCAGUUAAGGAGUGUCCCCCCGCCCCCCGUCCAACACCUGCCCACACACACAUGGGCACACACACAGCAGACCCAGAUCCUGGCUCAGAGCAGCCCUCUUGCGGGGACAGAUCAAAACAUUGUCUGGAGAGACAAGUCCACUUCCAGGCCCACUCCAAGACUGUGGGGUGCAUUGUGCACUGGCGACCACACUGGAGAGAUUCCUGUAGGCAGAACAGAGACCCUGGUCACAGCAGGACAGAGCUGUGUCCCAGGGUGUCGUGGGUACUCACCCAGGGAGAGGCGUUUCAUGUGUCUGGUCUCCAUCUUGUUUCACUAACAGUGUGCAAACCAAGACUCCUUGGCUUUCCUUGGGUGGGUAGAGGGUGGUGCCAGGUUGGGAGGUUUGGGGGCUUGGGAGGGGUAUGCCAGCACAGAGCCUGCUUCCUGUUUAUGUCAGCAUGGUCACACUGCCAGGCCCACAGGUAUGACUCAGUCUGUCUAGCCAGUUAGGCCCUUUAGAAAGAAAUCACACAGUGGAUCUUGACUGAGUGGCUUAGGAGGGGUGAUUUAAAAAAACAAAAAUCCAAAGAGUAAGAACCUGCAACAUAAAUAGAAGACUCAGUGCCUUGGGAGACCAGCAGAGUCCUUGAUUUUAUACAGGGGCCACCCCCUGGGAGUUCAGUUUUGUGACUGUCCCCAGCCUGCCUGUACAGGCUUCCUGAGACAGGUUCAGAGAGGAGUCAGCAGGACAGGAUGACAGCCAGCCAGAGGGGCCACAAGAUCCCAUGGAGCAUCGUCUCAGACACAUGCUCUCUACCAGGACUUUAGUAUUAAGCAGGUGUUUCAUAAUAACCAGGGUAGAAAGGAGUAGGUGCAGAAGCAUCUAGCUGCAGACAGGAUCCUAUUUCAGUAUGUGAAGGACACGAAAGGUUGAUGUGAUUAGAAUGACUCAUCAUAUCCCACAAGGCCAGGGACUCAAUAGGGCUUUUCCCAAGACAUCAAAGUCACAAUGAGGGCAGGACUUGAACUUGGGUCUUCUGAAACCUUGUCCAAUGUCAUUGCACCUCACCACCACUGCCUGCUUUGAAGCAGAGGUGUUACUUAAGACUUGUUCUGUGGGUUCACCCUCACAGACCCCAUUACAAUUCCUCCCACCAUCCCCCAUAAGCCUUCUAAAACUAAAGACAGGAUUUUCUGAGUCCAGGAGCAGUCUGCCUGGCACAGCCUACAGUGAGCCUGGCAAUGCCCUUUGCUAAGGGCAGAUGGGCUGGGAAGAGAGGAACACACUGACUGGUGCAGUUAUUGUGACACCCAGACUGCACCUCAAGAGCAUGCACCCCAAAUUGAGGGGAUGGGAUGGCUGUCUGUCUGCCCACUCCUCCCUUGGCCAUGGGGUUCUUAGGAGCAGUAGGGCCCGGGCAAGCUCUGCCAGCCCAGGACUGGCUAGGCUGAGAUUCAGCUGACACAAAGAUUUCAGUGAAGCAAUAAACAAAAAGAUUUGGGCAAAGAAAGCCAGACUUUUUGUGCCCUCCUGUUUCUUUUUCCAAAACAAUGCCCCUCAGAUGUCCCUGCCCUGUUCUUUUCUCUGAUUCUCCAGUGCUCCAUCCUGUCAGUGUUGUCCCUCUGCCCAGCCCCCAGCUCUUUGCCAACCUCUUCACACCUCUUGAGCUGAGCGUCAGUUGCCUGUGAUGUGACCACCUUGUGUCCUGGGCCCCUCUCCUAAGCCCCCCUCCCCACCACACACACACACAGACACACACACACACACUGCCCCAUUCCACCACCUUCCUUCUAGCAGGGAGAUGUUCUCCCUAUGACUCCAUCCCUCCCACACACCCAUAGAUGGGUCUGCCCCCUUUUGUCCCCAUUGGCUAAAUAUUUAACUCUCCACACAGACCUUGUUUUAACCCCUCUCACAUCACGUGUGUACCUUCUUCGUUUUUCAAAUUAUUUUGCAUUAACCAACAUUGUCAGGACAGAUGUGCCUGAGGGUCUGUCACAUACAACCUUCAGCAGGGAAGGGAGACUUCUGGGCCUGGUAGGACCAUCUAAUAUGUGGACUUAUAAACUGACUGCAUGAGCAAUGAAAAAGGCCAAAUUAUUCAGAGUUUUUUCUUUUUGAAUCACUGUAAAAAUAAACUGAUUUCUUUUGUAUAGAGAACACUAAACGUAUAAUAAACGUUCAAAAUGGA